GGUCGGCAAAACGGCAAGCGGCGAAAAACAGUGAAAAAAAAAGGGGGAAAGCGAAAAGACGUGCUCAGGAACUGCGGUCGAAGUCUUUAAAAGUGCAUUGCAUCCGAAAAGCGAAUAUCCAGUAUCCAAUAUCCAUUAUCCGAAAGCAGCUAAUUACCGACAGACAAGGAAUUAUUUAGAGAUCGCCGCCAAAAUGUCGGAGGAAGUAGAUCGCAACGAUCCGGAGCUCAAGUACCUCUCGGUGGAGCGCAACCAGUUCAACGAUCCGGCCACGCAGGCCGAGUGGACACAGAAGCGUCUGGUGUGGGUGCCACACGAGAACCAGGGCUUCGUGGCCGCCAGUAUUAAACGGGAGCAUGGCGACGAGGUCGAAGUGGAGUUGGCCGAAACCGGCAAGCGGGUGAUGAUCCUACGUGACGACAUACAGAAGAUGAAUCCGCCUAAGUUCGACAAAGUCGAGGACAUGGCCGAGCUUACGUGUCUAAACGAAGCCUCCGUUUUGCACAACAUCAAGGACAGAUACUACUCUGGCCUAAUCUAUACAUAUUCCGGUCUUUUCUGUGUUGUGGUCAACCCGUACAAGAAACUUCCGAUCUACACCGAAAAGAUAAUGGAACGGUACAAGGGCAUAAAACGACACGAAGUGCCUCCGCAUGUAUUUGCAAUCACGGAUAGUGCCUAUAGAAACAUGUUGGGUGAUCGCGAAGACCAAUCGAUUUUGUGUACUGGCGAAUCGGGUGCUGGCAAAACGGAGAACACCAAGAAGGUCAUCCAAUUUCUAGCCUAUGUGGCAGCUUCGAAACCCAAGGGCUCGGGUGCGGUGCCGCAUCCCGCCGUGCUCAUUAACUUCUCGGUCAACACAAACAAGUACAUAAAGGUCAAGAUUAUGGCCCAAAAUCAGAAUCAGACGAUCGAGGUAGUCAAUGGAUUGAAGAUGGUGGAAGUUAAUUCCAACUGUCAAGAGGGCGAGCUGGAGCAACAGCUGCUGCAGGCAAAUCCCAUUCUGGAGGCCUUUGGCAACGCCAAGACGGUCAAAAACGAUAACUCUUCACGUUUUGGUAAAUUCAUACGGAUCAAUUUCGAUGCCUCGGGAUUUAUCUCGGGAGCCAACAUCGAAACAUAUCUGCUGGAGAAGUCGCGUGCCAUUCGUCAAGCAAAGGACGAACGAACAUUCCAUAUAUUCUACCAGUUGCUGGCUGGGGCCACGCCGGAGCAGCGCGAGAAGUUCAUACUGGAUGACGUUAAAUCGUAUGCAUUCCUUUCCAAUGGCAGCCUGCCUGUACCUGGCGUGGACGAUUACGCCGAGUUUCAGGCAACGGUUAAGUCCAUGAACAUCAUGGGCAUGACAUCAGAGGAUUUCAACUCGAUAUUUCGCAUCGUGAGCGCCGUCCUACUGUUCGGUAGCAUGAAAUUCCGUCAGGAGCGCAACAACGAUCAGGCAACUCUACCAGACAACACGGUGGCCCAGAAGAUUGCGCAUCUACUCGGACUUAGUGUGACAGACAUGACCAGGGCUUUCCUGACGCCACGCAUUAAAGUGGGUCGUGACUUUGUUACGAAGGCCCAAACAAAGGAGCAGGUGGAGUUCGCCGUGGAGGCCAUUGCUAAGGCGUGUUACGAGCGAAUGUUCAAGUGGCUUGUGAACCGGAUUAACCGUUCUUUAGACCGCACCAAGCGCCAAGGAGCCUCCUUUAUUGGCAUUCUCGAUAUGGCGGGUUUUGAAAUAUUUGAACUCAACUCCUUUGAGCAGCUGUGUAUAAACUACACUAACGAGAAACUGCAGCAGCUCUUUAACCACACCAUGUUUAUCCUGGAGCAGGAAGAGUACCAGCGCGAGGGUAUUGAGUGGAAGUUCAUCGACUUUGGGUUGGACCUGCAGCCUACCAUCGACCUGAUCGAUAAGCCCGGCGGCAUCAUGGCACUGCUGGAUGAGGAGUGCUGGUUCCCUAAAGCCACUGACAAGACGUUUGUAGAUAAACUCGUAUCGGCCCACUCUAUGCACCCCAAGUUUAUGAAGACAGACUUUCGAGGAGUCGCAGACUUUGCAAUAGUGCAUUACGCCGGGCGUGUUGACUACUCGGCGGCCAAGUGGCUGAUGAAGAACAUGGACCCAUUGAACGAGAACAUCGUGUCGCUCCUCCAGGGCUCCCAGGAUCCGUUCGUGGUGAACAUCUGGAAGGAUGCUGAAAUCGUUGGCAUGGCACAGCAGGCCCUGACUGAUACCCAGUUCGGGGCCCGCACCCGCAAGGGCAUGUUCCGCACCGUGUCCCAUCUGUACAAGGAGCAGCUGGCUAAGUUGAUGGACACUCUGCGCAACACGAACCCGAACUUUGUGCGCUGUAUCAUACCGAACCACGAGAAGCGCGCCGGCAAGAUCGAUGCUCCCUUGGUGCUUGACCAGUUGCGCUGCAACGGUGUGCUCGAGGGUAUUCGUAUCUGCCGCCAGGGCUUCCCAAAUCGCAUUCCCUUCCAGGAGUUCCGCCAACGAUACGAACUCCUUACACCCAACGUGAUUCCCAAAGGAUUCAUGGACGGAAAGAAGGCCUGCGAGAAGAUGAUUCAGGCGCUGGAGCUUGACUCGAACUUGUACCGAGUGGGCCAGUCGAAGAUCUUCUUCCGCGCUGGUGUCCUCGCUCACCUGGAGGAGGAGCGUGAUUUCAAGAUAUCCGAUCUUAUCGUUAACUUCCAGGCCUUCUGUCGUGGCUUCCUUGCGCGUCGCAACUACCAAAAGCGCUUGCAGCAACUAAACGCUAUUCGAAUCAUCCAGCGGAAUUGUGCCGCCUACCUUAAGCUUCGGAACUGGCAGUGGUGGCGCCUCUAUACUAAGGUCAAGCCCCUGUUGGAAGUUACAAAGCAGGAAGAGAAGCUUGUCCAGAAGGAGGAUGAGCUGAAGCAGGUACGCGAGAAGCUUGACACUCUGGCCAAGAAUACGCAGGAGUACGAGCGCAAGUACCAGCAGGCUUUGGUGGAGAAGACCACUCUAGCAGAGCAGCUUCAAGCCGAAAUCGAACUUUGCGCCGAGGCCGAGGAGUCGCGCUCUAGACUAAUGGCACGCAAACAAGAACUGGAGGAUAUGAUGCAAGAGCUUGAGACGCGCAUCGAAGAAGAAGAGGAACGAGUCCUCGCGCUUGGAGGCGAAAAAAAGAAACUUGAGCUUAAUAUUCAAGAUCUGGAAGAGCAACUCGAAGAAGAAGAGGCCGCACGCCAAAAACUACAAUUGGAGAAAGUGCAGCUCGACGCUAAAAUUAAAAAGUACGAAGAAGAUCUUGCGUUAACUGACGACCAGAACCAAAAGCUUCUGAAGGAAAAGAAGCUAUUGGAAGAGCGUGCUAACGAUCUGUCCCAGACACUUGCUGAGGAGGAGGAAAAGGCUAAACACCUGGCCAAGCUGAAAGCCAAGCACGAAGCCACAAUCUCGGAGCUCGAGGAACGUUUGCACAAGGAUCAGCAGCAGCGACAGGAGUCUGAUCGAUCUAAGCGGAAGAUCGAGACUGAAGUUGCUGAUCUUAAAGAACAGCUGAACGAACGGCGCGUACAAGUAGAUGAAAUGCAGGCUCAACUGGCCAAACGCGAGGAAGAACUUACCCAGACUCUGUUGCGCAUUGACGAGGAAUCGGCCACGAAGGCCACCGCACAAAAGGCUCAACGCGAGCUGGAGUCGCAGCUGGCCGAGAUUCAAGAGGACCUAGAGGCCGAAAAGGCGGCCCGUGCCAAGGCGGAGAAGGUUAGACGCGACCUUAGCGAGGAACUAGAGGCUCUCAAGAAUGAGUUGCUGGACUCGCUGGACACCACAGCCGCUCAGCAAGAAUUGCGUUCUAAACGCGAGCAGGAGUUGGCUACCCUAAAAAAGUCUCUCGAAGAGGAGACUGUUAACCACGAAGGUGUUUUGGCCGACAUGCGACACAAACAUUCGCAGGAGCUCAACAGCAUCAACGAUCAGCUUGAAAACCUACGAAAAGCCAAAACAGUCCUUGAAAAAGCCAAGGGCACCUUGGAGGCGGAAAACGCCGACUUGGCCACUGAACUGCGCAGCGUCAACAGCUCCCGGCAAGAAAACGACCGACGGCGCAAGCAGGCAGAGUCGCAGAUUGCUGAAUUGCAGGUAAAACUGGCUGAGAUUGAACGCGCCCGCUCGGAACUUCAGGAGAAGUGCACAAAACUGCAACAGGAAGCUGAGAACAUAACAAACCAGCUGGAGGAAGCCGAACUAAAAGCCUCGGCCGCCGUAAAGUCUGCAAGCAACAUGGAAUCACAGCUUACUGAAGCCCAGCAGCUGUUGGAAGAGGAAACGCGCCAAAAGUUGGGUCUCAGCUCCAAGCUGCGUCAGAUCGAGUCAGAGAAGGAGGCUCUACAAGAGCAGCUUGAGGAGGAUGAUGAAGCCAAACGUAAUUACGAACGAAAACUGGCCGAAGUCACCACCCAAAUGCAAGAAAUUAAAAAGAAGGCCGAGGAAGAUGCAGAUCUGGCCAAAGAACUGGAAGAGGGGAAGAAGCGGCUCAAUAAGGAUAUCGAGGCAUUAGAACGGCAGGUUAAGGAACUUAUUGCCCAAAACGACCGCCUCGACAAAAGCAAAAAAAAGAUACAGUCGGAGCUUGAAGAUGCCACCAUUGAGUUGGAAGCGCAACGUACGAAGGUGCUCGAAUUGGAGAAAAAACAAAAAAACUUCGACAAAAUUCUUGCCGAGGAGAAAGCCAUAUCAGAACAGAUCGCCCAAGAGCGUGAUACUGCAGAACGAGAGGCCCGCGAAAAGGAGACCAAGGUGCUGUCGGUUUCCCGCGAGCUAGACGAAGCCUUUGACAAAAUUGAAGAUCUUGAGAACAAGCGAAAGACCCUCCAAAAUGAACUCGAUGACUUGGCCAACACACAGGGUACAGCCGAUAAAAACGUCCACGAACUGGAGAAAGCGAAGCGGGCGCUAGAGUCUCAGCUGGCUGAACUGAAAGCACAAAACGAGGAACUUGAGGACGACCUACAGCUGACCGAAGACGCGAAAUUGCGCCUAGAGGUGAACAUGCAGGCCCUUCGUUCCCAGUUUGAACGCGACCUGCUAGCUAAGGAAGAGGGUGCCGAGGAGAAAAGACGCGGACUUGUCAAGCAACUGCGGGAUCUUGAGACCGAACUAGACGAGGAACGUAAACAGCGCACGGCUGCUGUGGCGUCAAAAAAGAAACUGGAGGGCGACCUGAAAGAGAUCGAAACCACCAUGGAGAUGCAUAACAAGGUGAAGGAAGAUGCGUUGAAGCAUGCGAAGAAGCUGCAAGCACAAGUCAAGGACGCGCUGCGCGACGCCGAGGAGGCAAAGGCCGCCAAGGAAGAGCUACAGGCGUUGAGCAAGGAGGCGGAGCGCAAGGUCAAGGCCCUGGAGGCAGAAGUAUUACAGCUGACUGAAGAUCUGGCCAGCUCAGAGAGGGCGCGACGUGCUGCCGAAACGGAGCGUGACGAAUUGGCCGAAGAAAUUGCCAACAAUGCCAACAAGGGAUCCUUAAUGAUCGACGAGAAGCGCCGAUUGGAAGCCCGCAUUGCCACUCUUGAGGAGGAGUUGGAGGAGGAACAGUCCAACUCUGAGGUGCUGCUGGAUCGCAGCCGCAAGGCGCAGCUGCAGAUUGAGCAGCUGACCACUGAGUUGGCAAACGAAAAAUCGAACUCUCAGAAGAACGAAAACGGGCGCGCUCUGCUCGAACGCCAAAACAAGGAGCUGAAGGCUAAGCUUGCCGAAAUAGAGACAGCACAGCGCACUAAAGUAAAGGCGACAAUCGCCACGCUAGAGGCCAAGAUCGCCAACCUAGAAGAGCAGCUGGAGAAUGAGGGCAAGGAGAGGCUGUUGCAGCAAAAGGCCAAUCGGAAGAUGGACAAGAAGAUUAAGGAGCUUACAAUGAACAUCGAGGAUGAACGGAGACACGUCGACCAGCACAAGGAGCAAAUGGAUAAGCUGAAUAGCCGCAUUAAACUGCUCAAGCGCAACUUGGACGAGACCGAAGAGGAAUUGCAGAAGGAGAAGACGCAGAAGCGCAAAUACCAGCGUGAGUGCGAGGACAUGAUUGAAUCGCAGGAAGCCAUGAAUCGUGAGAUAAACUCACUUAAAACGAAACUACGACGCACCGGCGGCAUUGGUCUCAGCUCCAGUCGGCUCACGGGUACACCUUCAUCAAAGCGUGCAGGAGGAGGCGGUGGCGGCGACGACUCAUCGGUCCAGGAUGAAUCAUUAGAUGGAGAGGAUUCUGCCAAUUGACGCGUUAAUUAUUAGAUGAAGAAAAAGUUGAAUCGCAGGAAGAAGGUGAUGAUGAAGAGCAAAAUAAACGAUUAUAUUUAAUGUUUCUUUUAUAUAAUUUCUCUGUUAUUUUUUAUAUAAACUAUUAUACAUACUUAAAUUAAAACGUAAACGAAAAAACCAACAUUUUUAUAACGACAAAACUUAAACAAAAAAAAAAAACAAUGUUGUAAACACACACACUCAAGAAUUUUCGCAUCCCUCGAAUGACGGCGUAUUUAAGUGGUCAACGAAAUCAAGUAAAAUAAUACAACACACACAUCAACCAAUAAACGUAUUAACUCUCAGAUCCAGAAACCCGCAAACACCAAUAAAGAGAGACUAAAUCCACAGAAAAUUGAUUUCUAAAUUUUUUCUACCUUAAUAUAAAACCGAUAGAAUUACUCGAUGCAAUGUAAUUUACGCAUUUAACAACUAAAACGGUUUUCAAACAGAACAAAGAUCAUAACAGAAAAUCAAAUGUUGAACACGCAACUAAUAUACGAAUUUCGUUUUUGUUUAGAAACUUAACAAUAAAAUAUUUGCUAC